AUGCCCGCCAAGCUUCUCCGGACGCCCACCGCCCGGCGACGCCACCACUUGCCGGUGCUGCAUCUCGUUGCCGUCCUCCUGCUUGUGCCGCUCUCACGGCCGGCCUCGGCGUCGGCGUCGACGGUGGUCACCCACCUGCCAGGAUUCGAUGGCCCUCUCCCCUUCUACCUCGAAACCGGAUACGUGGGCGUGGAGGAGGAGACCGGGGCGGAGCUCUUCUACUACUUCGCCAAGUCGGAGCGGAGCCCCGGCACCGACCCCGUCAUCCUGUGGCUCACCGGCGGGCCUCGCUGCUCGGGCUUCAGCGGCUUCGCCUUCGAAGUUGGCCCCGUAAAGUAUGUGCGGGCGCCGUACACUGGAGUUUUGCCGCGGCUGGUACAGAACCCGCUGUCAUGGACCAAGAUGGCGAGCAUCAUCUUCCUGGAUUCGCCCGUCUGCUCGGGCUUCUCGUAUGCUCGUGACCCCAAAGGCUGCGAUGUCGGAGACUACUCGUCCUCUCUGCAAGUCCAAAGAUUCCUGAAUAAGUGGUUCACUCAUCACCCGCAGUACCUUUCAAAUCCUUUCUACCUUGGAGGAGAUUCAUACGCUGGAAAGGUGAUUCCACUUAUUGCAACAUACAUGUCACAAGAUUUACCAUCACAUAUGCAAAUAAGUUGA